AUGCCUCUGAACUCAUCUGCCAGUGUGUACGGAGGGGCCGGCGGCAGAGGCGCCAAGGCGUCCGUGUCCAGCCUGGAGGGUCUGCGGAGCGUGAUGGGCACUGAUGUGGAGCGGGACAGUCCAGCCCCCGCAGAGGCCCCCAUCACCCCGGCCACCGCGCCCUCCCAUAGAGCCGCUCCUGCUGCUGCCCCUGGGGACGACAAGCACCCACUGCGGGGGCUGAACGACCGCCUGAACGGGUACCUGACCAGGGUGCGGCAGCUGGAGAAGGAGAACAAGGAGCUCGAAGACGAGAUAGACGACAUUCUGGCCAAGAGGGCUGCUCCGGAGGGACGAGACUGGGACCAGGUUCAGAAACCACUGGAUGAUCUCAAAGACAAGAUUAAGGAAAUCACAAAGGAAAAUGCCAAGCUAUUACUGCUGGUUGACAACACUGAUUUAGCCACCAAUGAUUUAAAGUCCAAGCUGGACGAUGAGAAGAAAGCUGCGAAGGCCAUCGAGAAGGACGUGGAGGAACAGAAGAGGACCAUCGAUGACACCAAGCUGAAAUGUUCCUACCUGGAGAAAGACAUCGAGCUGGUGAAGAACGAGCUGGACCAACUGAAGGCGGACCACAAGGGGGAUGUGGACGACCUGCGGGAGAAGAUCAAGGACUCUGAAGUCAAAGUCGAAAUCGAGUCUUCUGAUUCCAACUUGACCGAAGCUUUGAACAAAAUACGAGUCCAGUAUGACGACCUGGCGAAGAAGAACGAUAAGGAGACCGAGGACUGGUAUCAGAGCAAGUUUAACACCGUCAAAGGGGAGGAGGCCAAGAACACAGAGGCCACGGGUAAAAGCAAAGACGAGUUGAAGGAAUUGCUGAAGGAGAAACAACUUCUGGAGAUCAAAAUCCAGAGCUCCCACACUACGAUUUACAGUUUGGAGCAGAAUCUCAAAUCAGGCAAAGUGGAGCACAACAUCCGCUUGUCUCCUCUGAACAAACGGAUCAAAGAGCUGGAGGCCGAGCUGAAAGAGGUGAGGAAUGAGUUGGAGAGACAGCUGGAGAAGAACAACAAUCUGCUCAUGGUCAAGUUGAAGCUGCAAGAAGAGACCCGCUACUAUCAUGAGCUGAUGCACGGCGUCACCACGGAUCCAGAGAGCAUGGAGUUUUCUUUAGACGAUGCAGUGGACGAAGGUCUGCUGAAACUGAACCGUGAACCUCCGCAGUCAGAGGAGGAAGAGGAGGCAGAGGAGGCAGAAGUGAAGCAGGAAAAGUCUCUCUCUUUCAACAACAGCUCGGAGCCUUCACGGAUAGAGGCUGAAAGCGUGGCCCCCACCCCAGCACGGAGCUCUGAGGCGGACGACAGACCUCUGCCUCCAGCAAGGGAUGAGUUGAAGCUGCAAGAAGAGACCCGCUACUAUCAUGAGCUGAUGCACGGCGUCACCACGGAUCCAGAGAGUAGCUGUGGCUCAUUUCUGACACGACCUCAAAACAAGUGCUCUUUCCCUCCUGACAGCAUGGAGUUUUCUUUAGAUGAUGCAGUGGACGAAGGUCUGCUGAAACUGAACCGUGAACCUCCGCAGUCAGAGGAGGAAGAGGAGGCAGAGGAGGCAGAAGUGAAGCAGGAAAAGUCUCUCUCUUUCAACAACAGCUCGGAGCCUUCACGGAUAGAGGCUGAAAGCGUGGCCCCCACCCCAGCACGGAGCUCUGAGGCGGACGACAGACCUCUGCCUCCAGCAAGGGAUGAGCUGCAAGAAGAGACCCGCUACUAUCAUGAGCUGAUGCACGGCGUCAUCACGGAUCCAGAGAGCAUGGAGUUUUCUUUAGACGAUGCAGUGGACGAAGGUCUGCUGAAACUGAACCGUGAACCUCCGCAGUCAGAGGAGGAAGAGGAGGAAGAGGAGGCAGAAGUGAAGCAGGAAAAGUCUCUCUCUUUCAACAACAGCUCGGAGCCUUCACGGAUAGAGGCUGAAAGCGUGGCCCCCACCCCAGCACGGAGCUCUGAGGCGGACGAACCAGUUUUACAGAAAUGUGUGCCAAAUUCUGAGGAAUCUGACAAAGGCGACCGGGAAAAGAUUGUGUAUUUGAUAAGAAGGCUUUAG